ACCUACCCAAUCAAGCCUACUCAUAUCCACACCCUGCCAAGAAGAAGUCAAAAAAAAAAUGUCCCUCAACACUUUCCUCCUCUGUCUCCUCCUCCUCCUCUCCUUCUCCGUCAUCGCCCUUUCUGAUGAAGACUGCGUGUACACACUCUACAUAAGAACAGGGUCCAUCAUCAAAGGUGGCACGGACUCCAUCAUAAGCGUGAGGUUCUACGACAAGUAUGGUGACUACGUGGGGAUCUCCAAUAUUGAAGCAUGGGGAGGGUUGAUGGAGCCUGGUCACGACUACUUUGAGAGGGGCGAUUUGGACAUUUUCAGUGGAAGAGCGCCGUGCUUGAGUUCACCGGUGUGUGCCCUGAACUUGACCUCCGAUGGGACAGGGUCAGGUCAUGGGUGGUAUGUUAACUACGUGGAGGUGACCAAAACAGGAGUCCAUGCGACUUGUUCACAGAUGAAAUUUACUAUUGAGCAGUGGCUGGCUCUCGAUACUUCACCUUAUGAGUUAACUGCUAUUAGGAAUUAUUGUGAUUAUCUUGAUGUUAAGAAAUCCGCCGGAAGCUCUUCUAUGUAAUAGAGAUUUUAACUUCAAGGUUAAUUUUGUGUGUGUCUGGUAGAUGGUUGUGUUGGAUCGAUCAACCUUUGACGAUCUGUGAUCAUCAUCUUUUGAUGAGGAAAAUAAUCUGGACACAUGUUCUUGAUUAUAUAUAUUCAAUAACAUGGAAGUGAGGAGAUCUUGUCUUGCUCGACAUUAUAUAUAUGUAUUGAAGCUGUCCAAAGCAUUGUUCUUUUAAUAAUAUGAGGAUUUAUAAUGCUAAUGAAGCUUGUUUUGA